UUAAAGGGGAAAGGGGAGGAACAGCAAGGAGCAAGGUGAAAGGCUUUCUACCUUCUUAGCACUCUUGGACUGGCAGGCUUUCUGCGUAGAGCUCAAGGGAAGUCAGCUCUGCAGAGCACCUUCUUGAUGACACGAGGCAAUUUGGCAUAGAGGUAUUAUUUUAGUCUUGCUCUGCCUUUCCACCCAAGAAAGGGUGAGUCAGUCAAUUUGAAGAGCUGGAAGAAACAAACGAAGAGGCUAAAGGAGCCAGAGAAACCGGAGGAGGAGGAGGAGAAGAAGAACAAAUAGAAGAGGAAAUGGGGAGUGGAGCAAGUGCUGAGGAUAAGAGGUCCAAGGAAUUGGAAAAGAAGCUCCAAGAAGAUGCAGACCAGGAGGCAAAGACAGUUAAGCUGCUACUGCUAGGUGCUGGUGAGUCCGGCAAGAGCACAAUUGUCAAACAGAUGAAGAUUAUCCAUCAAGAUGGUUACACAAAAGAAGAAUGUCUGGAGUUCAAAUCUGUCAUCUAUGGCAACAUACUACAGUCCAUCCUGGCCAUCGUCAGAGCCAUGAUCACUUUGGGGAUAGAUUAUGGUGAAUCAGGCCGAGCCGAUGAUGGACGACUGCUGUUCAACUUGGCUGACUCCAUUGAAGAAGGAACCAUGCCCCCAGAGCUAGUUGAAUGUGUAAAGCGGCUCUGGAAAGAUUCGGGUGUUCAGGCCUGCUUUGACCGGGCAGCGGAGUACCAGCUCAAUGACUCUGCCUCAUACUACCUGAACGACCUGGACAGGAUCACAGCUGCCAAUUACCUCCCCAAUGAACAAGAUGUUCUGCGAUCACGAGUUAAGACGACAGGUAUCAUCGAGACAAGAUUCUCUGUCAAAGACCUCAACUUUAGGAUGUUUGAUGUGGGCGGACAGAGAUCAGAGCGCAAGAAGUGGAUCCACUGCUUUGAAGGAGUGACCUGCAUCAUUUUCUGCGGGGCUCUCAGUGCUUAUGACAUGGUGUUGGUAGAAGAUGAUGAAGUGAAUCGCAUGCAUGAAUCUCUGCAUCUGUUCAACAGCAUAUGCAAUCACAAGUUCUUUGCUGCCACUUCCAUUAUUCUAUUUCUGAACAAGAAAGACCUCUUUGAGCAAAAGAUCCAGAAAGUACAUCUCAACAUUUGUUUCCCGGAUUAUGAUGGUCCCAAUACAUAUGAAGAUGCAGGCAAUUACAUCAAGCUUCAGUUCCUUGACCUGAACAUGAGAAAAGAUGUGAAAGAAAUCUACAGUCAUAUGACCUGUGCCACAGACACACAGAACGUUAAAUUUGUAUUUGAUGCAGUGACAGAUGUCAUCAUCAAAGAGAAUCUCAAGGACUGUGGUCUCUUCUAAGACUUCAGCUUUUUAAACAGGAAAGACUUCCAGCUAGCAUCAUUGUUCUGCUAAGCAGAGCCAACGGAAUAAACAAAAGUCACUAAAGCAAAAAAGUCCAUAUGUUUCUAUGACCCACCCAGAACAUAAACAGAAUACCACCAAAAAGGUAGGAAGGAGCAAAGCUAAAAACCUCUCAUCUCCCAGCUGUUUUCUUUGGUAGCUUUUCUUCUUUCUGAAGUAUUCUGCAGUUUAAGUCUUCAAACCAUUAUUUAUAAGUCAACAGUCCGCAAACAAAGAACUGAGUACGUGAUGCUGGACCUUCAUGUGUUUAUGCAACCAUGUUGUUAAAAAGCACACUUCUGUGGGAAUGACACAACCAGUGCUUUUGUGGAUUCUUUGAUAGAACUGUCCAGUUCCUUAUCUAUAAAUGGUCUGGGCUGGGAUUUUGCUGAGUGUGAUCAUAAUGGGUUGAAAAUCCAAGUCAAAUGUAAUUCCUACGUUGUUAUACAUUUGACAAACUUGCUAGUUUAUAAACAAGCCCAGAAAAUUAGAUGACGUUUUCAAACCUUCCAGUAAAUAUAUUAUUUGCAGUUCUAUGGAACGGGUGCAAUUUGUCCCCACAGCCUUAAGUAGGUAUGCCGCUUAUUUGCUUUUAGCCUCCAGAACCCCACAUAUACAUUAGGAAAUUUUGUGACCCCAGUGAUUUACUUCUAAACGACUCAGCCCACAGAGCUCAGCAGUAUUGAUCCCAGUUCAAUGCUUCACCUAUUUGCUGUGGAGACAACUGUUCCACCUGUCUCAUGUAUCCUGAUACAAGAGGUCACAGCAAUGUGCGAAAGAAUACAAUGGACAUAUGAUUAAAGAACUUCUCCACACACAUAGGAAAUAGAGAGAAAUGGUACAACGUUGAAGUGGUUAUGUCAGGAUUUUCACUUUGCUAUUUAGAGCUGUAUUUGUUCUUGACCAUUUGUAAAUAUAUCUGAUGUUACUGUAGACAAGAUUCUUUGUAUCAAUAUUUACAGCAGAGAAUCUCUUACACGGCUUCAGCUAACUGUAGAAAAUCCAAAAAUAAAGAAAUGCACGUAUAAAA